UGGGGGACUCAGUUUUGCGUGUUUUCUCUGUGCCAACAGACAAACAAAUAACGCGCCGCCAGCUACAAGUGGAGCAGUCAACCAAAAACCUACAAAAAAAGUAAAAAAAAAAAGAAAAGAAAACAAAAGAAUUAAAGGCUGUGAAACGGCCCAAAUACUGCACAUCAAGUCAUUCGCUUGAUUUGCGCCAAUUGUGGGCGUACAGCGCCAACGCUUUGUGUGUUUUGUGUGUGUGUGUGCGUUUCUCUUAAUUUCCAGCUUAGCAACUGGCAUUUGGCAGUUGUUAUGCGAAAUAGCAGAGAUCAGGAAACUGCGCCGAUUGCAGCGCCACGCAAUGGCAGCGCCUCGAACAUGUUUCGCAGCUUUGGCUCGCUCUUUGGUGCUGGUGGUAGCAACGGAGGUGGCACGGAGAGUGCUCGUCCCAUGACGCCCCAAUCAAGCGAUGGUUAUGUUGAGUUUGGCAUGCAAGAUCCGGAACGCAGCGGACGUACACUAGGCACAUUUGCGGGCGUAUUUAGUCCUGUGGCGUUGUCCAUGUUCAGUGCUCUGGUUUUCAUACGUGUGGGCUACAUUGUGGGCAAUGCGGGCUUAUACGUUACGCUACUGCAGUUCCUCAUCGCGUACGCAAUUCUACUAUUUACGGUCGCCUCCGUUUGCGCCAUCUCCACGAAUGGCGCUGUUGAGGGCGGCGGCGUCUACUUCAUGAUUAGUCGCACCCUGGGCCUCGAGUUUGGCGGCUCUAUAGGCACCCUGUUCUUCUUUGCGAAUGUGGUGGGCUGCGCCAUGGCCAUAUCCGGUUGCACAGAGGGCAUCAUCGACAACUUCGGACCCGGCGGUCGUUUCGUCAACGAAGGUGGAGCCCAUCUGCCCGAUGGCAAAUGGUGGCGCUUCCUGGUUAGCAGCGGCAUCAAUACAAGCAUGCUGCUGGUCUGUUUGGUGGGCGCCGCUCUCUUUGCCAAAACGUCGGUGCUUAUUUUGGGCACUGUAACCAUUUGCCUCUUCGCCACAUAUAUCAGCUUUCUGACCGUGGGUGCCACCAACGAUACGAUUCCUGUGCCGGUAGUGAAUACGCUUAUGAAUGCUACGAAAUUUUUGCCGUAUACGGGUCUUAGUGGGAAAACCUUGAGAGAGAAUUUGGGCUCGCAUUACGGCACGGAUUACACAUCGAACUACAAGAAUGUGGACUUCUCAACAACGUUCGGUGUGCUCUUCUCUGGCGUUACGGGCAUUAUGGCUGGUGCAAACAUGUCCGGGGAGCUGAAGAAUCCCUCAAAGAGUAUACCAUGGGGGACACUGUCUGCCGUCUGCUUCACAUUCGUCUCGUAUAUCAUACUCUCGUUCCUGAUGAGCUGCACCACGCCGUAUGUGACCAUGCAGAACAACUAUCUGUUCCUGAUGCCCGUCAAUCUGUGGCCCCCAUUUACAGCCAUUGGCAUUCUGACGGCCACCUUCUCGACAGGGCUGAGCAAUUUGAUUGGUUCCAGUCGCAUUUUGGAGGCGCUCAGCAAGGAUCAGGUCUUUGGCUCGCUGCUGAACUUUGUGCUCCGUGGCACCUGGAAGGGAAAUCCCAUCUGCGCUGUGGUCAUCAGUUGGGUGCUGGUCGAGUGCAUCCUGCUGAUUGGCUCCUUCAAUAUUAUUGCCCAGAUUAAUUCCGUGCUUUUUAUGCUCUCGUAUUUGGCCACAAAUCUUGCCUGUUUGGGUAUUGAGCUGACCGGUGCACCUAAUUUCCGACCACUCUUCAAAUACUUCACCUGGCACACCUGCCUGGUCGGUUUGUUGGGCACAUUGAUCAUGAUGUUCGUCAUCAAUCCAAUUUAUGCCUCAUCCUGCAUCAUAUUGUGUUUGAUCCUGGUCAUUGCACUGCAUCUCUUCUCCCCAGCCACGCAGGCAGCGCAGUGGGGCUCCAUUUCCCAGGCCCUAAUGUUCCACCAGGUUCGCAAAUAUCUGCUUAUGCUAGAUCCACGCAAAGAUCACGUCAAAUUUUGGCGUCCACAAAUUCUACUCUUGGUCUCCUCGCCGCGCUCCUGCUGUCCACUUGUUGACUUUGUCAAUGAUCUUAAGAAGAGCGGUCUCUACAUCAUUGGCCACGUCAAGAUUGGCGACUGCAAUGGCGUCGAAGAUGCCGUCGAAAAUCAGCAGUGGUGGUCCUUCCUGGAUCACAUGCGUGUCAAGGCCUUCACCGAGGUGACCAUCGGUCGCAGCAUACGCGAAGGGGUUCAGCAUUUAAUACGCUUGUCUGGCAUUGGCGCCAUGAAGCCAAAUACCAUUAUUUUAGGCUUCUACGACAAUGAGGCACCAAAGGAUUUCUUUCAAAAUGGAACCUCCCCCUAUAAAACGGAUGGCUUUAAUGAGGGUGAUGCACUCAGUUUUCCCAUACGACGUGAUGGUGAACCGAAACAGUUUGAGGUGCAGGAAUAUGUGCAAAUCCUUUGCGAUAUCCUGCGCAUGAAGAAGAAUCUGUGCUUGUGCCGCAACUUUCAGCGCCUAGACAAGAAUUUCAUAACCAUAAGCAAACAUGUGAAAUAUAUAGAUGUGUGGCCCAUUAAUGUAUUCAAUCCCACAUCGGGCGAUCCCUUUGACAUGGUCUCACUGUUCAUGAUGCAAUUGGCGGUCAUCAUGUUGGCCAAGUGGAAGCAUCUGCGAGUGCGCAUCUUUCUGUGCGAAACGAAUGAAGAGAGCACUGUGGGCACCUUUGAUACGCAAGCACCCCAAAUGGACAUAUUCUCCAAGCUGAAGCUGGAGCAAACGCUGAAGGAGCUUCGUAUUAAUGCGGAAAUUAUUGAGAUACAGGAAUGGAGCCGAAACUCGGACUUCACGCGACAUGCACGCAUUCUCAGGCAAUUCACGGCGCAAGCGGACGAAGCAUUGCUGGACGAUGGCGAUGAAAUUGUCGAGGAGAAAUUCAAUCAUUCGCUAUUGUAUAUGCAGCGUGUUAAUCAAAUAAUACGCGAUCGUUCCGAUCAGACGGCUCUAUCAUUCAUUUACUUGGCUGCACCGCCAAAGCCCUCAUUGACGGACUUUAGUGAUCGCAGUGCCAGCUACAUUGAGCUACUCACCGAGCUAACAGCCGAGCUGCCGCCGACUAUUCUAGUGCAUGGCGUCAGUACUGUGACCUCGACUACGCUCUAAGCUAAGGCGGACAGACACCCACAACAACUCUCUUUCUCCGAUUCGCUCGUGCUGGAGAUUGCAGGCGUACAGUGAUAUUAAAUGCAUUGCAUACGCGGCACAAACACAUUAUGGACUUUAACAAGCCGCACAUUAAAACUGGAUUAAACCAAUUUCGUAAUACGUUCGCUCUCUUU